UACAGGCGUGCUCUCCAAUUCCCCCUCAAGUUUGCCGAACCCAGUCUGACAACUGGGCUCCAAACCACCUCGAAUUCUUCAGCCUCGGAGACUCCGCUGCAGCCUGAUCAUUCCCCCGUCCCUGAAGAACGCCACGAAUUCUCUUCUCACCCUCGGGAACUCCGCCGCACGCCUGAUUAUUUCGUGUCGAAUCAUCCGUUGCCUGAAAAUUCUCUGCCUGGAAACUAGUCCUUGAUCAUUACUGUAUCACUAGGAGAUCAGGUAGGACUUGGUCAUAAAGGCAACUGUCUGUUUGGUAGUGCGAACUGGUGCUCCCCGUGAGGUUUAGAAGGCUAAGUAGCCUUCACAGAAAGUACUUCCCCUUGAUUCAUGAAGUACCCGUUAUUGAGCUCCAUAGCGUCAACAGGGUUACCGUCUUCAACCGUGACGGAUUCCGUCAAAUAUGACGAUCAGAUAGUGCAGGAGACGCAGCAGGGCUACCUGCAAUGCUGAUUACCUGGCCGUCAAAAUCCGUUGAAGAGUUCUCUCUGAUUCUCUCGUUGGUUUACUGAUUCCUUGAGAACGAUAUUCUGACCUGUGACGAUGGUCUGCUUCCUGUGACAGAUUUUUUAGAAUUCUCAAACCUGCUAAAGAGUUCUCCUCUCUGCCUCUCUAGUUGGUUCACUGAUUCCUUGAGAUCGAUGCUCCGCUUCCAGAAAGUUCGCAGCAGGACUGGCUGCCGUGUCAGCAGACCCAGCAGGAAUAACUGAAGUGCUGCAUUGCUGGUAAUGAGAUCCCGACGAGCUCUCCGCUCAGAUUCUCCACGUGGCUCACUGAUUCUACGUGGCUCACUGAUUCCACUCGGCUCACUGAUUCCACUUGGCUCACUGAUUCCUUGAGGACAAUGCUCUUCUUCCUGUGACCUGGCUUCAUGGCUCGAUACGGGGUGUCACAGGUUGCUUGGCCGAGCCACCGCAAUCCACGAUUCCUAGGUGCCAUCCUCGCUACAAUCACCACGCUGGCCGUAGUUAGCGCGGGAGUUCCCUGCAAUGGCGCUAGAAACACCUGUUAUGACUCUAGAAACACCUGUAAUGACCCUAAAAACACCUGUACUGAUCCGGGGAAUAGGGGGGGGGGUACCUGUACUGACUCGGGUAGUAGGUUCAUCGCUCCGUUUAACUCCCUUCUGCAAAGUAUAGACAACAGCAGCAGGAUAAGUGGCUGCAAGAGGAGCAGAAUAAGUGGCUUCCCGGCAGCAGCAGCAGCACCAGAAGCCUUACCAAGACCAGCACUUGAAUCCAGUAUACACGAGCCUCGAGUCUCUCGGUGUAGAAGGGAACAGCUCACUAGCCGACUGGAUAUCGCAUUCCUUUCAGCAGAGGGCGUACAAGGGAACUGCUCAGUAGAGGCUCCAAGGCAUCGUUCUUGCUACAUCAGAAAACCGCCGCUCCUGACAGCAGCUUACACAGCGCAUAAUCAAGAGAUUGUAGCGGGUAUACACGGUCCGGAAUCAAGGUCGGGAUUGGCGCAGGUAGCAGGCUUGGAAGCGGAGGUUCGGUUGGAGGGAUGGCAAGUCUGGCAGGCAGAGAGGAUGGGGGAAACCCCGGCAGGCUCCAAAGAACCUGAAUCCGUCUCGAGGCCUGCAUCUCAAGAGACAACUGACGCUUUUGAUACACCAGAGGAGGUUUCCGAGGCAGGAGAACAGGUUUGGGACGGCACGAAGAGGCUCAGGGAAGAGGGUUCCGAGGCUCAGGUUCGGGAUGUUGACAUUGAGCCGGUGUUAGAUGAAUGGAUCGUCCGGUUCUCUUCAUACGAACCUGUGGACGUGCAUCGGCAACGGCUGGUAGACGCUUUAGAAUAUCCUCAGAAUCCGGAUACCAGCCAAUCAGGACGCCUUAGAGGAUCAGGAGAGGCCGGCAGUCAGUCUGCCGAUGGCCAAGUGGGGGCUGCCAGGUGGCACUGGGUAGAGAGGACGAAUCCGGCCAUGGCCUUCCCAACGGAUUUUGGAGUUUUGCUGAUUGAGAGAGCCGGGAGAGAGGAGGGGGUGGGGUGGGAUGUGAGAGGGCCAGUGAGGAAGCCUCCUGGAAGGCUACGAACGAGAAUGUCUUUCGAGGAGGGGGAGAUUGACAGUGAUCCCACGGGAACAGCGGGAGGGCCUGGGGGUUUCCCAGGAAGGGUUCAGGGUAUGGGUUUUGGGGGUGAGGGGAGGAGGGGUGAGCGGCGGCGGGAGGAGGAGGAGGAAGAGAGGAUACGUGUGGGUGCAAGGGAGUUGAGAUGGGUGGAGAGCGGUGGAGAGGGAGGUGAGGUGAUGGGAGCAAGUGGAGGGAGAUCAAGGAGGAGGAAGAGGAGGAUGGAGGAAAGGAGGGGGAAGGAGCGGAGGGUGGGAAGGAGGAGGCAUUUGGAGGAGUCGUUUGAGGGAAGGGAUGUGGAGGAGUCAGUUGCUACUGGCUCAUUUCUCAAUAAGGCCUGGAAUGUAUCUGCUGCUGCUAUCAAUCGGCGACAUCUAAUGCAGGCGCACAAGUCACAGAUCACAUCUCUGUUUCAUGCGGAAAGACUCUGGGCCAAGGGCUUCACUGGAGCCCAUGUCAGGAUGGCCGUUUUCGACACGGGCGUGCGGGCAGACCAUCCCCACUUCAGAAACAUCAAGGAGCGCACUAACUGGACCAACGAAGACACGCUCAACGACAGCCUGGGCCACGGCACGUUCGUGGCGGGGGUGAUAGCGGGCCACGACUCCCAGUGCCGCGGGUUCGCCCCCGAUGCUGAGAUCUAUGCCUUCCGGGUCUUCACUAACGCCCAGGUCUCCUACACGUCGUGGUUCCUGGACGCAUUCAACUACGCCAUACUCACCAAGAUGAACGUGCUCAACCUCAGCAUUGGGGGGCCAGAUUACCUUGACAGGCCGUUUGUUGAAAAGGUGUGGGAAGUGACGGCCAACGGCAUCAUCAUGGUGUCAGCCAUAGGCAACGACGGCCCUCUCUACGGCACGCUCAACAACCCUGCAGACCAGAACGACGUGAUUGGUGUUGGAGGCAUUGACUACACAUUGCAUAUUGCCUCGUUUUCAUCGAGAGGCAUGACCACCUGGGAGCUACCGCAUGGAUACGGACGAAUGAAGCCCGACAUAGUGGCCUAUGGGCGGGAGGUGGUCGGCGCGAAGAUCAACGGCGGGUGCAAGAGCCUAUCAGGGACGUCCGUCGCAAGCCCCGUGGUGGCCGGCGCCGUUUGUCUUCUAGCGAGCGUGGUUCCAGAAGCUGUGCGGUGGGGCCCGGGAGGGGUGCUGAACCCAGCGAGUAUGAAGCAGGCGCUGGUGGAGGGAGCUGAGAGACUAAAUGGGCCGAAUAUGUUUGAGCAAGGGGCCGGGCAACUUCAUCUCCUCCGCUCCCAUGCCAUACUGGCAAGCUACACCCCGCGAGCAAGCGUGCACCCCUCCGCAUUAGAUCUGACCGAUUGCCCCUACGCGUGGCCCUGGUGCCGGCAGCCUCUCUUCGCGUCCGCCCUCCCCGUCAUCCUCAACGUGACUAUUCUGAACGGCAUGGGCGUCACUGGCUGGCUCGCCGGCCCGCCUGUGUGGGUGCCUGGAGAGGUCAACCUCACCAACACAGCAGCAGCAGCAGGAGCAGCAGGUUCUGGAGCAGCAGGAGCAGCAGCAGCAGGAGCAGCAGCAGCAGGAGCAGCAACUUCACCGAAUUUGUCUUCUGUGUCGUCUUUUUCCUCCUCUGGUUCCCAUUUUUGGGGCCGAGGAAGAUUCGUCUCCACCUCCGCCUCUGCUUCUUCGGAUUCGUCCAACGCUGCUGCCUCUGCUGCCGCUGCUGGCUCUUCUGCCCCCCCCUCUGCUACCUCCUCCCCCUCUAUCCCCCCGCAUCCUGUGCUCCAUGUGCGUUUCUCCUACCCCGCUGUGCUCUGGCCGUGGUCCGGCAACCUAGGGAUCUAUCUACGGGUGCACCCUGCUGCCAGGCAGUUGAAUGGCACCAUAUCAGGCACCGUUCGUUUCACCGUGGUCUCUCCCCCCGGCCCCAACGAGACCACCCACCGUACCACCAACUGCUCUCUGCCACUCCAUGUUGCCAUCAUGCCCACGCCGCCCCGCCACCGCCGCAUAUUGUGGGACCAAUUCCACAACGUGCGAUACCCCCCGGGGUACAUCCCCAGGGACUCCCUAGACGUGCGCAACGACAUCCUGGACUGGCACGGGGACCACCCCCACACCAACUUUCACGGGCUCUACUCCGUGCUGCGGGAGUGGGGGUACACCCUUGAGGUGCUGGGCUCGCCCUUGACGUGCUUCGAUGCAAGGGAGUAUGGUGCUCUGCUGAUGGUGGAUAUGGAGGAGGAGUACUACCCCGAGGAGGUAACAAAGCUGCACCAUGAUGUCACAGCGCUAGGCUUGGGGCUCAUUGUGGUGGCCGACUGGUACCAUGUACCAACAAUGAAGCACAUGCGCUUCUUUGACGACAACACUCGCUCCUGGUGGACGCCCGCCACUGGCGGAGCCAACAUCCCAGCUCUCAACGACCUUCUCUCUCCCUUUGAAAUAGCCUUUGGGGACUCCAUCCUUUCCGGCACCUUCUCCAUCGCUGGUCACCGCGCCUAUUUCGCCUCGGGAACUGACAUUCGUCGCUUUCCCAAAGGAGCGUUCGUGCACCGGUUUCUGUUUAGAGAUGGGUCGUCGGGACGGGGGGUUGGGGGGGAAGGAGGCGGAACGGGGGGAGGAGGAGGGGGGGGAGGAGGGGGAGAGGCGGGGGUAGGGGGAGGAGGAGGGGGAGGUGGAGGAGAGAGUGGAGGGGAGACUGGUGGGUCAAUUAUUUCGACAAGAGGAGGGAGGAUGAAGAGUCAAGUUGAGGCUUCGGUGUUGGGGUUGGUGGAGAGGGGGGAGGGGAGAGUCGCUGUGUUUGGCGAUUCGAACUGCUUAGACAGCAGUCAUCUUAUAAGUGACUGCUUCUGGUUGCUAAGAAAGAUGCUUAAGUUUGGCACCGAGGGUAAAAAGGACCCAACGCUUUUCCACCAUAGGAACGAGCUGCUGGUUGCCAUGGGGCAGGCUGGGCAGGAGGACGGGCAGCUAAAAAAAAACACUCAGCAACCAAAAGAUUUCCUUUCAGUGCAGCAGCAGAAUCGAUCUGAUCUGGGCCAAGCGAUUUUGGGUAGUUCAGAAGUUUUCUUGCUGCCCGAGAGGCGGACGGAUGUGAACUUCACGGGCCUGUCAUUGGUGCUCGGCAAGCCGCUGAUGUGCGGGCAGGACUCAAAAGUUUUACGCGUGGCAGAGAGAUCCAAGAAACCAGGUGGGGGGAGAAGGGAUGCGUUGUGGGCGAAAGGAGGGGGAGGGGCGAGAGGUGGAGUGGUGGGAGGACGGCGAGGAAGGGGGGGGAGAAGAAUAGAGGGAAGUGAGUCUGAUGUGGCGGAUGUGGCUGAUCGGGGGGGUGUGGCUGAUUCGGGGGGUGUGGCUGACAGCAGGCAGGAGGUGGAGGUGGAAGGGAAGGAGGUGGAGGUGGAGGCAGCAGCAGCGGCAGCAGCGGAGAUUCAAGAGCCGACUCAAAAGACCCAGACGAAUGCAAUUGCAGCAGGGGCAGGGCGGGAGGGGAAUGGGGAGGGUGGGGACGGGAAGGGGAUUGAUGGUGUGAGGUCUUCUGGUGACGUGAGAGGGACUGGUGAUAUGGAAGGUGGAGAUGGUGAGACAGGGGGGGAAGGGGAGGGUGGGGGAGAUGGUGAGAGAGGGGGGGAUCGUGAGGGAGUGGGGGAUGGUCAGGGAGGGGGGGAUGGUGAGAGAGGGAGUGGUGGGAGUGAUGCUGCUGGCUUGAGCGCUGGGUUCAGGAAUACGGGUCGGCCGGGUGCGGUUGGGAGUGGUGGUGCUGCUGCAAGUGCUGGUGGCGGCAGUAGGGCUAGAAUAGAUGGUGAUGGGAGUGAUGCUGCUGCUGUGAGCGCUGGUGGCGGCAGCAGGGAUAGAACAGAUAGUGAUGGGAGUGAUGCUGCUGCUGUGAGUGCUGGUGGCGGCAGCAUGGAUAGAACAGAUAGUGAUGGGAGUGGCGGUGCUGCUACGGGUGCUGGUGGCGGCAGUAGGGCUAGAAUAGAUAGUGAUGGGAGUGAUGCUGCUGCUGUGAGCGCUGGUGGCGGCAGCAUGGAUAGAACAGAUAGUGAUGGGAGUGGCGGUGCUGCUACGGGUGCUGGUGGUGGCAGUAGGGCUAGAAUAGAUAGUGAUGGGAGUGAUGCUGCUGCUGUGAGUGCGGAUGAUCUGCUGCUUGCUGGAGGCAGGGAAGGGAGGGGGCGGUCAGCUGGGAGGAGCAUUUGGAGGCACUGGCACGAGCGAGAGGAAGAGCUUGACGCAUUCUUCCCCAUCAUGGCCGUUGCAUCUGGAUUCAUAAUUCUAUUUGGUUUGUGGAGAUUUCGACAAAAAAGUCGCAGGAAACCAAGGACGAGAAGACUAUAGCGUUGAGCAUAGCCCUAAUUUAGUAGAGCAUAGCCCUGAUUUGGAUUGUUGGAAGUCAUGGGGGAUUAUAAAAAAAAAGCUCACAGGAAAAAGACUACGAAUAGCAAAUGGCUUGGCUUUUGCAAGCAAAUGAUACUUGUACUGUUGGGCUGAGAAAAAGCCCUUAGGAUCUUUCAGAGACUAAGUCCCAGUUGUGCAAGAUACUUGAGUAGUGCAGCGGAAGUUGAGUAGUUGAACCCUUGCACUAGUAUGUGAGAGCAAGUGUCCUUGUCUGCUGCUGCUGGUCGAAGUGCGACAUGAAGCUGAAGAACCUUUCCAUAAGGUUCGGGUCCACGCUUGAGGAGGGUGA